CUUGAACCAUUUGUUAGUUCCACCAAUCUCAAGCGAGAGAUUCGAGACCAAACGCUGGAAUAAAGAGCGCUUCAUUCAAAGGGAUUGAGAUUGUUCUCCAUCUCGAUUUCUUUCCCACGGAAGUCGAUUGCUCCUCUCUCUCUCUCUCUCUCUCUCUCUCUCUCUCCCCGCUUCCUUGCUAUAUGGAAGUACAAAGACUUGUCCAGGUACAAAUUAUUUUUAUGGUUGGAAUCCAGCUGGCAUUUUUUUCAUUAAGGGGCUCUUGCACCCAUGCAUUUUCUAGCGAGGCAGCCAAGUGUGACUCGAAUCCUGAUGUCAAAACGCAUGCUAGAAGUGAUUGGCCUUCCGCAGAGAAGUAUAUUACAGAACCCUAUUUUGAGAUACAUGAUAGCUUUGUCAAUUCCAGUUUUAGAAAUUUCAUAGAAAAUGAGCUUCCCAUUGGCUUUUGUGGAGUGUUGCAAAAAGAACUCAAUCUUAUCCUAAGGCUAUCUGUUCUGCAACGCUAUCUAACUGGUGAAGGUUCUCAUAGUCACUUGUCUUCAUCCAUCAAAUUGAGUGGCCAACUAGAGUCCAAAACUGAGCUACCCAGACACACGUGCAAGGCCAUUAUCAUAGAAAAAUUGCCCUCUGGGAUUUUUGCAGAUCCAUUUGAGCUUCAACAUCUUCUCCAGCGUGGUGUCUUCACAGAUGCAACAGUUUUUGGAGAUACAAACUUGGAGUUGCCUUCGGUAGUUUCAAAUCGAUCCGUUGUUGAGGUGCACAUCGAUGUUGAUCUUAAUAUAAUAUCAGGACACAGUAAUGGACUGGAAAUCAAUGUUGAGGUUCCAUUACAUGCACGUUAUCCGCCUUUAGGAGAACAUGGAUUUGCAACAGUUGAAUUCAGGAGCUGACCUAUUCCUACGCUGCAACAUUGACAAGAAAUCCCAUGAUGACAAUUGCUUAUUUAUGGUGACGGGUAUUAGUGAUGAAUCCCAAAGUGUUGUGUGGGAAAUUCCUUGUGGAAUUAUGGAACACUCUGGAGUUGUCUCUAUUGUUACCUUUGUUUCAGUUGUUGUAGCAGCUUUCCUAAUUGUCUUGACAUCCAUUUAUUAUCCACAUAAUCAGAAAUCACAGUGAUCUGAAACAAUCUAUACUACUACCCAUUUUUACGGAAAUUCUCACGUGCCGGAGCCGGAGCCAGAACUGGUGCUGGA